AUGUCCUAUUCUCUCGUUGAUCAAGUCGUAUUGAUUACCGGUGGCUCCCAAGGUUUAGGCAAACAAUUCGCCAAAAAAUACUAUGAAGAAGGUCGCAAUUGUAAAAUUAUCAUAGUCAGCAGAUCAGAACAAAAAUUACUAAAGGCUAUCUCAGACAUCACCUACUAUCCAUUACCUGACAUCGAUAAUAAUCAAUUUCUGCUAUCUGUACCAAAGGAUUCAAUUUCAACCAGAGAGAUCAACGAAUCAGGCAACGAACUUUACUACUUCCCUUCUGACUUGGGUUCUUAUAAAGGUGUCGCUAAUUUAUUCUCAAUAUUAGCUGAAAAAUCUUUAUUACCCACUCAGAUUAUCUCAUGUGCUGGUGGCUCAGUACCAAAGUUAUUCGUAGAACUAACAAGAGAAGAAUUGGAGGCAGGUAUAGACGUAAACUAUAAAACUACCCUGUAUGUAUCCCAUUUUGCUGCCCAAUUCAUACCGUCAUGCCAUUUGAUCCUAUUCUCAAGUGUUACUGCUUUCUACCCUUUUAUUGGUUAUAGUCAAUACGCCCCUCUAAAAGGUUCAGUCAAAGCUUUGGCCUCGAUUUUAAGACAAGAACUACCCUACAUGAGAAUUUCCGUCGUCUACCCUGGUAAUUUCCAGAGUGAAGGAUAUGAAUUAGAAAAUAUGACAAAACCUGAAAUUACAAAGACUAUGGAAGGUGCUUCACAACCAAUUACAUGUGAAGAAUGUUGCGAUAAAAUUAUUUGGUGGUUGAAAUAUGGUUACGACGAUAUCACUACAGAUUUCAUAGGUUGGUUCCUAAUGAGUCUAGAUAUGGGUCUGAAUAAACAUAAUAACAAGUCUCCUUUAUGGUUCUUACAAUUAUUAUUAGGCGCCAUUACAAACUUAACAGCUGUACCUGUUCAUAUGCUGAUAUGUUCUUUCCAAAUCAGAUCAUGGUUUAAGAAAAAUGAAGAUCGAAGAGCAAGUUCUGAUUAA